AAAAAACGUUGUAUUUUUCAACAUUUUCCCAGGGUGCAUGGUGUCCCUGCGUGGGGAGUGUUUACAGGAUGUUAUCUGUGUCUGUGCCGGCCCCUCAUCCCUCUCAGUGGGUUUCUGAGGAAUGCCGGAACGGGAUGGAGGAGUUCCAAAGGGGGAGUGAUGAGAGAGACACCAGGAGGGAGGGAGGGGGAGAGAGAGAGAGAGAGAGAGAGAGAGAGUCUAUAUAUACAUCCCAAAGAGCUUGGUGCUCACAGGCACAGCUGGACUACUGGAUAACUGGACCGUAGUCCACUGGAUAUUUAGCUAGAAAGGUGAGUACAUUUUUUUUCCUGCUCUAUUUCUUUAUUUAGCAUCUCCAUCAUCCUUGUCACCAGUGAACCAUCGCUUAAAGUUGGUUCAAAGAAAGAGAAAGAAAGAAGGAAAAACUCAAAAUUCAGAUUUGUUUAUUUGGCUUUUCUUGUUCUUUUUUUUAUUUCCUUAAAAGUAAGGGGAAAAAGUCUAAAUUGAAGAGACGUGUCAUCGGUAGAGAUGAGUCCUUUGGGGGAUGUGGUCUCGUUAGAGGCUUACGUUUGUGGUUCCUAUUGAAGCUGUGUAGCAUUGAAAGGGGAGAUCAGUGUUUGAUCAAGUGCGUGUUGGACUCGCCUUUUUCCUUUCACAAAAUACAUUUCACCGUCUGUGCUGAACGGAGACUAACUUUCUUUGGGGGUGGGUUUACAAGUGAAGACUUUUUUUCAAACACAAGCCUUAAACAAUUACACUGCACCAGCAAAGCCUCUGGCAGCUGAAAACAGUUAUUAGUUAGCGUAAAACACACAAUACAAAGAUGGACGGUGUGGCAGAUUGGAUCGUGCUGAACAGGGACAAGAUCGAGAAAGGCGUGGAGAUCAUGGGGGAUGCCUCGGAGGUGCUCGCCGCCACCGUGGGCAAACUCCACCCCGUCUUGGAGGCCGUGUUCAAGACUUCAGCAAUGAUACUCAAAAACCCGGACAGCAAAGAGGCUCGCUACCUGACUGAGCAGUUCGAGCUGGUCAACCAGAAACUCGUGGGAAUCCAAGGUGAGAUCGAUCAGAUUGAGCUGGAGCUGAAGAGGACGUCAAUCAACAAGCAGAACUUUGAUCGGGAGGCGCAGAUACUCAGCCAGUACGAAAAGUUGCAGGAAUUUGUCAACGCCAAGCCGAAGUUCAAAGAGAAGAAAAUGGAGAAGUUCAUCAGCCACUACGAAAACACUGACGCCGACCUGAACCUGGACGCCCUCUACAACGCCGUCGUUGGGGAGAGCGCCGCCGGGGACCCACUGCUCGAAAAACUGGUGUCCGUGAAGAAGAGGAGCAGGAGGACGGUGGAGGAUUUCUGCGCUGGGCUGAAGAAGCUUUUUGUGGUGGGCAUCAUCGCCGUGAUGGGCCACUCCGCCCUGAAGGAAGGGGUGGUGGGGGAGGAGAUGGUGAAGAAGUGGCAGGGACGGAUGGAGGAUGUGGAGAAUCGAAUGAAAGCGGCUGUGGAUGACUGUACAGAUAACUUUGCAGUUCAAGCCAAGCUGGACAUGGAGCACCUGGUGAAGGAGAAACCCAGCGCCAUCAACCUCGACCUCGCCAAAUCCCUCCUGGAGUCUCUCGUUAAGAAAUACGACUGGGUGAAGUGGUCCAUCAGGGCCUUUGCAGUCAAGGAAAGCUUCUUCUCUUUCAACUGGCUGGCAGGAAAGAAGUGCCACGGAAGUGGAGGAGCCAACUGGUUUGAGAUUCUGACCAACAGCAAGUUCAUAGUGGUGGUCUCUUUUUGUGUUGACCCCAAGCCCAUUAACAAGAGUGAGAUCCAGGAGAAGAUCGAAGGUGAGAAGAUGAAGAGGAACAUGGUUGAUGUGGCUCAGGCUUUGAGCAGUAGCUUCCCCGACUGCCUGGUCCACGCUGUCAGCCAUUACAAGGAAGUGGUGGAGUCCAACAACUUCCAUGAGGAUAGUUACUACUUUGGAAAACAAAAAGGAACCUACCUGUGUAUCCACCCCGAGUAGAAAACCUAAAGUGCAGCUGCACGCGAGAACAAAAUUAGCAAAAUUCAUGAAAUGUUUUUACCAGAGACAAUGAAUAUAAAAAGUGAAUUAAUCAAUCUAGUCUCUGCAUAAUCUUCUCCGUCUGGUUUGUGAUUCAGUGUUUGGCAUGUAAUUGUUUUUAAUUAUUUUGCGUACAUCUUUUAUAUGUCGAUGAUAUGGGGUUUUUUUUUCUUCUUUUCAGAGCUUUAUAUCUCCAUGCCAGCUUUGACUGCUGUUGUGACUCUCGUGGUGUUUCUGUCCCUGUUGGAUAUUAAAAGACUUGUUUGCUACGAUAUUAUAGUCUGUUAACCGUCAAGUACUUUGCCACAUAGUUUAUACCUGGACGCGCUCCUCGGUACGUCAGACCACUGUGGGCAAAGCGGUAAUUCCUUGAGCAGUGCUGCUUUAUGCACUGAUGUGAUGCAGUACCCAUAUUUGUCUGGUAGGGUUUGUUCAAGCUUCCCAGUUCAUUAUUGACAUUUGAAAGCUGUGGAACAAGAAAGUGAUUGUGCCUCCAGGUGGAAUUGUUUGAUAAAACCGUUGUUUCUGAAGUCUAGCAUGAACUAGCCCUGUCUUACAUGUCUGUGUGUAAAAAGCGAGGCUACAGUCAGGAGCUCGUUAGCUUAACUUAGCAUGGAGACUUGAAAUAGGAAGUUUUCAAAUGUCAAUCUACAAGUUAUGUGCCAAAAUAUUUUCAUGCCCUUGAGUUGAGAUUGUUUUUUUGGUUUUUCAAUACGGUUUCUCAAUUUUGUUUCAAAAAAGGGAAAAGGGUUAUCUUGAUAUUGCCCAAUUGUAGACACGUGUGUUUAAAACAAAAUGAGUUCUAAUAUUCUUGCUGCUUUUGGUGCGAUAUGUUGAUGCAGAGCGAACAGCCAAAACGCGUUAUUCGACAAUCAUCUUAUAUUUACUCUUAAUUUGUAAUAAACAUAAACAGUUUUGUCAUUAAAAGCCAUUUUUGUGA